AUGGCCAGGAGAGGGACCAGUCGAUUAUUGCACCUGGCGGAUCGCCGUCGGCGGCCACCACCUCUGCUGAUCGCUGCUCGGAGCUGCAAGGAUCUGCUCACGCGCCGGCGGGGUGAAGACCGGAUCAGCGCCCUCCCGGACGAUCUCCUCCUCAUCAUCCUGCGCCGCCUCGACACCCGCGCGGCGCUCGGCACGGGCUCGCUCUCGAGGCGCUGGGCCCACCUACCCCGCGAGCUCCCGGCCCUGGACCUGAGGGUCAGCGACAUACUCCCGCCGCCGUACCAGCGGCUGGUCCUCUUCCAGCGCGACAUGUACAGUAAGGGAACUGAUGUACAGUACAGGAUCGGCGCCAUGACCAGGGAGCUCAUGCCGAACAUAAGGAGGUACGAGCGCCGCGCCAUGCGCGCCUUGACCAGAUAUGUCAAGAUUGUUUUGGAGGCUGAUGCCCUACGAGCUCGCCGGAAGUUGAGUAAGCUGAAGCUCGAGUUUUUCAUCACCCCCCACACGGCACGCAUCAACCAGUUAAUCGCCAAGGCCAUCGAUGUUUGGGUGGUCAAUGAUCUGGAGGCCGUGGCUAAGCCAUUCCAUUGGCAACGGCACGUCCAUGAGUUCCCCAGCCAUGGUUUGUGCAAGGAUCCCCGCGGCUCAUGCUUGCAAAGGCUCAAGCUUGGUGGAUGUGUGCUCCCGCCGUUGCAUGGAUUCAACGCCCUUACUAUGCUAGUCCUUCAAGAUAUACCAGAAUCUCCAGCGGCAGCCUACGAGGCGGUCUUCACUUCGUGCACCAAGCUACAGGUGCUGCAUCUCAACUCCUGCCACUGCAGCGGCGACAUGGUCGUGGUGGACGCUCCUAGCUCGGAGAUCAGGGAGCUCGUGGUGAGCAAAUGCAGAUUCCGAUCCAUGUGGCUGAGGGCCCUUCCCAGUCUCGAGAGCCUAGCCUCACUGGACACUCGAGUGCUCUUUGAGUCCGCUUCCUUUCCCUGCCUCAGGCACUGGAACAUCAGCCGUAAGAUUGGGAUCGCACUGGAGGGAUUUCGCCAAUUCCUUGCUCAGUACCUAGAGCUCGACUUGUUUCUUGGCUGCACCCCAGGCAUAACUAAUCUGAUUGUCCGGUUCACUGGACCUGACAGAUGGAUCGUGCCAUCAACCUCGCCAUCCUGCUUGCUGCCUAACCUGAGGAAGCUACUGGUUGCAGAGUUGCCUUCAUCUUGGGAUGUCUCGUGGCCCCGUCUCCUCCUCGAGACUGCGCCUUCUCUAGAGACCCUUCACAUCCACAUAGCCCCUUGUUCAGAGAAGCCCGGUGACGAGAUACCCUGGGAACCCACAAUGCUUCGGCACCAUCACCUCAAGGAAUUUGUCAUGGCUGGUUUUGAUGCAGCCGAGAGGCAGAUCUACCUUGUUAAGUUCGUCAUGGGUAUAUGCACAGCAUUGCGCCAUAUCAUUAUGUUGAAGAAUGCUCAUGCUGAGGAAAAGGGGCUCUGGGACUGGGAGAUGGUUACGCAGCAACACUCGUGGACCGACGAGGAAAAGGACAGCACACUCAAGCAGAUCAUGGACUCGUCCUCCUCAACUGAACUGAUUUUUGGCUGAUCCUAUCACCUCAUAUUUAUGCAUGCCUCGCAGGCUUGUAAGCCUCUACUUAACACUUUAGAUCUCG